CGCGGCUCGUCCAAUCCAGCGCCCGCGGGCCCGCGCGUUCAUUAUUAAAGAAUGUGGCCCGGCGCCCUCUCUCCGAGCGCAGCAUUGCCACGCCCGACCGAGAGCGCAGAGCGAGGGAGGGAGGUCGGAGCGACGACGUACGAGGGCAGCAGGCGAUGAGAUUAGUUCGUUCGUUGUCAGCCGCGAGGGUUUUCUUCGAGAUUGUGUAGGUUUUCUAUCGAAGAGGAGGAGCUGGUGGUGUGGAGGAGGCGAGAGAGGGCGGAGUGCGGAGCGAUUUGAUGCAAGCGGCGUUCGUGGAGGCCAGGAGAGGUUGAUUGGUGGUUGGUCGGUGGCGGGGAAGUGAGGAAGGAAGGAGCGCGGAGUUCGAUGGUGUCGGAGGAGUUUGGUGGCGGUGGUUGGUUGUGUUCGGCGAAUGUGGAAGUCUGUGAGGAGACGGGGGAGAAGCAGGAUCAGAAUAGACAGUGGCGCGUUUGAGAAUUUGGUCCGGUGUGGUAGGAGGGAUAUUUGUGUAGUUUAUUGGAGCGGGUGUGCGAAGGAGGGAAGAUUUCGCUCGAGAAGUGGACGCUUAGGGAAUUUGUUGCGCGCGAAGCGAGGGGGGCAGGAAGGUUAAGGUGGGGGAAACAGAAAAGGGAGGAGUUGAAAGGAAUAGCGAGGUUUUUUGGCGGCCGGUUGGACAAAUUGUGAACGCACGAGUGUUCGCUCCAGGUUUAGUGAACGUCGUGGUAUAUUGAAGACUUCUAUUAAUUAUGAGCACAAUGUUGGAUUAUUCAGUCACUACUUCCACGCACGAUGCUGUCGUUAACGUCACCUCGCGAGCGUCGUCUGCAUUUGGGGGAGGAUGUAUGGUGGAAGUUUCAGAGGCAUCGAGUAGGAUUGAGACUACGGGAUGCAGGGACUUGGCUGACUGCUUAAGUAUUAGCACACCAAUGACGAUGGUUGCCGGUCUCACUGAGGCCGCGGCUGCAAUGAUGAUGCGGUCUCCCAAAGGUUGCUCACUGGCGUUCGAAGAGUCUCCGAUUAGUGUUCUCCAAGGUUUUGGAGAUGACUCACCCUCUCCUUCACCGCCAGUUCCAUCUGGAAGCAGCAAUAAGUUUGAAGGUGGUGACGCGGUAGCAAAUCUGGACUUGCUCUUAAACGAUGCUUCCUCACGUAACAGUGAAGCCGGUGUUUGCAAGCCAGCUCAUUCCGACAUAUCUGAUGGUGCGGAGUCCUUCAGGCUACCAGUGCUUCAUCUGAGAAAUUUACGAAGGCCUCCGUUGUCGAAAGAGUCUGGAGUGGAUGAUUGGAAUUGUCGACGGUCGAAACAGCAAAAGCGGAAGAGCAGCUGUGAGAGUAUCAACCGGGAGGAGGUACUGGGUGAAGCAGAAGUGCAGAAAAGCCCGGAAAUCAUAAUCUUGGAAGAUGAUGAGGAGCCCGAGUCUCCAACAACCCCGUGUUCUACCAUCAAACCACUUGUGUUGGAGUGUCCUGAUGCUCCUUGUACCAGUUCACGCUGGAGCAAGGAGCUAAACAGGCAAAGCAGCUUGAAUGAUACGAAGCUCUUGAUGACCACUCAACUUAAAAGAAGUGCAAGCAUAUUCAUGUUCGACAAGCAUUUUGAGUUUCUCCGAGAAAUUGGUCGAGGUUCUCUCAGCACGGUUUAUGAGGCUCGAGACAGACGCAGUGGCUCCCUGUGUGCCGUGAAGAUGAGUAAGAGACAGUUCCGUGGUCGUGAUGAUCGGGAGCAUUAUUUACGUGAGAUUCAGAGUGUGGCUUGUCUGUCGGAGCAUGUCAACGUGGUGAAAUAUUACCGAAGUUGGCAACAAGAUUCACAUUUCUAUAUCCAAAUGGAGCUUUGUGAAGGGGGAAACUUGCGGAGUUUAAUUGACUCAUACGAAGAUCUGAUGCCCGAGAGCAAGAUAUGGAAUUUCAUCAAGCAAGUUGCGUCUGGAUUGGAACAUAUACAUGCACAAGGAGUUUUACACCUGGAUAUCAAACCUGAGAAUAUAUUUGUUGACAGCGAAGGUGUAUUGAAAAUAGGAGAUUUCGGCUUAGCUGUUCCCCGCCGCCUCUGGGACUGGGAGGAAGGUGAUGGCGGGUAUGUAGCCCCUGAAUUAUUAAGAGAUGAGGAACCAGGACCAGAAGCAGAUAUGUACAGUUUUGGCGUGAUGGUAUAUGAGUGGGCAACUGGAACUAAACUUCCACGAUCUGGUCCACUUCGUGAUGGGAUUAUAGAUUUGCCCAAAUCAAGAUCUCAAGACUUAGAAAAUCUAGUAAGAUCUCUGCUGAGCCCAAGUCCAUCUAAAAGACCAACUGCGAGUGAAGUUAUUAACUGGAGACGGGAAAUCUCACAACCGGAAAACCUACAAAAUUAGAGAUUAUAUUGAAAACCUGUAUAGAUCUUGUGUUCACUGUUUAUUUUGAGAAAUAUAUGUGAAAAGUGCAUUUG